AUGGCGGUCACUAAUGCCCUUUCCUCUGCUCCUACAGGAUCUGACGUGGACGCGCAAGUAAAGUGUGUCAUUCAGGACCUCCCCCAGAUCAAUGCUAAGUUGCAGGAUGCAUCGCCGCAGGAGAUUAUUGCUUGGUCGGUCGACAACCUUCCGAACCUGUAUCAGACCACCGCCUUUGGACUGACGGGGUGUGUCACGUUGGAUAUGAUUUCCCGUAUUAGUGCGGAACGUGCACAACAGAAUGGUACUCCGGCCAAGCACCUAGUGCCUCUGAUUUUUGUUGACACGCUUUACCACUUUCCCCAGACACUGGACCUGUCAGAGCGCGCUGCAAAACAUUAUCAGGCGCCCAUGCACGUGUACAAGCCCCAGGGAACAGAUACGACAGCGGCUUUUGAGAAGCGCUGGGGCCCACAGCUUUGGGAGCGCGAUGAAGAUACGUAUGACUACCUCGUAAAGGUCGAACCGGCUCGGCGCGCCUAUGAAGAGCUAAAUGUGCGAGCUGUUUUCACGGGACGACGCCGCUCGCAAGGCGCUGAUCGCGCAUCGCUGGCGCCGGUCGAAGUGGAUGAGACGGGUUUGAUUAAGGUAAACCCCUUGCUUAAUUGGUCCUUUGCUGAUGUGGACAAGUAUGUGAAGGAACAUGCCGUGCCAUACAAUGAGCUCCUUGACAUGGGCUACAAAUCCAUUGGUGAUUGGCAUUCGACGUCGUUGCCCCUGGGCAAGGAGGGUUCUGACGAGCGCUCCGGCCGUUGGAGCAACAAGAUGGGAAAGACGGAGUGUGGCUUGCACAAAGACUAUUUCAAGUUUAAAGUGCUAGCAGAAAAGAAGAUGCGGGAAGCUGAGUUAAACCGCAAGGAUGCAGCGCAGGCCUAA